AGGAGCGCUGUCGGCUCCUGCUCCGCCGCCUAGCGAAUUAGUGCUACCGCCAUCUCCGCCGGGCCCGGUGGGUCCUCUGCCGCCUGCUCCGCCGACUGCAGUGCCACCUGCUCCUCCAACUGCAGCCUCCCUCGCCCCGCCGACCGCGGCGCCACCUGCUCCACCGGCCGUGACGCCACCUAUACCGCCUGCCCCAGUGACGCUCGGGCCGGCCCCGCCCCUACCCACGGGAACCGGCGGUGUUGAAGCCACAAACAUCCGCUGCCUGAAGGCGCCGUCGCGGGAGCUUCUGGAGGCGACGCUGGUUUCGGCGCGGCCGGUGUCGGCGCCGCCGGUGCUGGUGCUGCGUCCGGCGCUCAACCCGUUCAACUCGGCGCUGUGCGCUCUCAGCCCCGAGGGCGGCCAGCGCCUGACGCUCACCGUGCGCAGUCUGGACGCCUGCGGCGUGGAGACGUGCACCCAGGAGAACGGCGAGCGAUGGCUCUGCCUCACCAUCCGUUUCCCGCGAAUCGCUGGAAUACAUCUACCAGAGGAUGACGUCAUACGCAUUCAGUGUCGGCCACAGGACCGAAGCCAAACAGUCGGAAAACAACUAGAUAUUCAGGCGACCGGGUGGAACUCCAAAGCAGGAGCGAGGGGCUUGAAAAACCCUCUGUUUGUCGGGUUUGACGAGCUCUCGCCGGUGCUGUUCAUCGGCGGGCACCAGCGGUUCGAGUGCGAGGUGGCGCUGUUCCGGCUGACUCCAGGCUCCCAGAUGUUCUCCACGCUGGUGUCGGUGGGCGACACGGUGCAGCUGGGGGAGGAGCUCCACCUGCGCAGCAUCAUCCGUUCCGGAGAUGGCUGGCGGUACAGUAAGCUGACGGACGUGCUGGUGGAGAGGGUGUCGGUCGACGGCAGCCGGCUGCCGACCGACACGGCCCCGCUCGUCUUCGACGACGGCUGUCGCAACGAACGGUUCUCGGGCAUGACCUCAGGGGACCAGAUCCGGGUCAGCGCCCAGGUCACCGGCUGUGUCGAGGCCAUCGACUGUGCCCCGACGGCCUGUCCGGACCGGGGACGCGGCUACGGCCGCCGCCGGCGGCGCGCGCUCAACCAACCCGACCACAACACCACCAACUGGAGCAGAGAUGUCGCAUUCCGCGUGGCGCUGCCCCUGCCGUCCACAGAAGGCGUGCAAAGUGCCCGAGAGCCGGGUACCACGCUUGGGACGACAUCUGGAUGUCCUGCGUACCUGCUGGGUUCGCUGGUGGCAGCGCUGGCCUGCUGCCUUCUCCUGCUCGCCUGCGCCGUAUGCGUCCUGAAUGUGACCCGCUCGCAUCUGAAGUCCGUCAGCGGAACCACCGAACUUCAGCCGAAAUCAAAUUUCAAGAACUGUUGCGGUAGCGCCGGCGCACGAAAGCACGAGUACGAAAUGCCACCAAAAGAUGACAGUCCUCCCACCGUGUGGCUGCAAGCGGCUCAUCCAUCGUGGGACCAUCUCCCUACAAGCGGGGCAUGGAAGGCGCCGCGCGCACGCUGCACCGUGCGGCAGAUGAAGCGACGCCGGGCGCCCAUGCGACGAAGCUAUAGUGCGGGAAAUGUCCGCUGCGACUGCACGGCGCCAGAGAUGGAUGUCUCCAGCCGUGGGAGCAAUGUCAGCAUAGUACACGUGACCGGAGGGGAGACAUUUGACGCAGAUCUGUCUUCGCUUUGUGACGUGGAACCCACGGUGAUCUGAUGACGUGAGCUCAUGCUGACUGAAGGAUCUCGACGGCCAAACCAUAUACACGAUGGAGGGCAGCGGUCCGGCAGACUGUACAGGCAGGACAAUUUGGAGGCGGAGCGAAUGAGGAGGGGAAAUGCACCCAUCCUCUUAAGCCCGCCCUUUUGGUUUUUUCAUUAUAGAGGAAUACCAACAGGAAGUUAAAAAUUCCCCUGUACGCAAAUCCUCGCUCCGCCGCUGGGAUAAUCAACAGGCACUGCGACGCAGGACGUGCACCACGUGAGUUUCCUCAGGAGACAGUGUAUCCAUUUUACUCCUAGAUGCCUGCAAACAUACACAAUUUUUUUCUCAACGUCUAUGACAAGUUCGAUGUCAAGUGUGGCGUUCAGGCAUGUUGAGCUGCGAAACUCUACAGCCAGAAAAAUGGCUUCCGAAGUGACCAAAAACACUAUUUUUGUAAUUUUUGGUCAUGCGUGAUCUAUUGCAAGCUGCUCCGAACGACGUCGAAAAGUGUAGACCUGAGGUUUGUGGACAUACUCAGAGUGGCUAAUGGUGGCUGGUUUACUGUGCAUUUGCGGUAUUGCUGUAUUAUUUUACGAUGCGAGUAAUACGAGAUUGGAAAUGUGUCAAGCAUAAAUUGGGAAGUGAAAGGCUGUUCAUGUAUAGCAGGCUUGGAGCACUGGGCUACAAAAGGGACUUUUCAGAUGGUGAGUAGCAGCGUAAGAAUCGAAAUGGUGUUGCAUGUCUUGCUGUGCUUGUCUUGAGACUGGCCUAAUACAA